AUGUGGGGAACGUCUAUCCUUCCCCUGGCGGCAUUGGCUGCUUUGCCAUAUGUCAAUGCUAUUACACUUCAUAGGCGGGACGAUCCCGCCGUGUUUGGACUCCCAAUUGUCCGCACCGAACGUCCCCAAGCGCUGCAAAAACGCAGCUCUAAGGUCGCCAGCACGGCAUUGUACAAUGUGCAAAAUAUGUAUUAUAUGGUGAACAUCACCGUCGGCACUCCGGCUCAGAACGUCUCCCUUAGUCUCGAUACCGGUAGCAGUGAUAUCUGGGUCAACGUCCCGAAUUCUACCUACUGCACCGCAGAUGAUGACCCCUGUUCCUCCACCGGCUUGUUCAAUCUGGACGACUCUUCAACCUUCAAAUUGCUAGACUAUGAAAUGAACGCCACAUAUGCUAGUGGCUUUUUGGCCAAAGGUCCAUACGCCACCGAUACAUUGGUGAUUGGAGGCGCCACCGUGAAGGAUAUGGAGUUUGCGUUGGCUGAAGAGAGUGAAAAUCCCCACGGUAUUCUGGGAAUCGGGUAUGAGUUGAGUACUGAUGCCGAAAGUGAAGGCCAUGAGUACUCCAACUUGCCGCUGAAGCUGGUCAGCAGCGGUGCUAUCAAUUCGCCUGCAUACAGCCUGUGGUUGAACAAGUUUGAUGGUACUGGAAACCUUCUUUUCGGAGGCGUUAACAAGGCCAGAUACACAGGCGAGCUGCAGACCGUGCCUGUCUUGAAGUUGUACGAUGAGUACUACUCUCUGGCCAUCGCCUUGACAGACAUUUCUAUCAAGAGCAGCAGCGGAACAAAGAGCUUUGCAACAGGUCUUCCUCUGGCUGUCAGCCUGGAUAAUGGAAGCCCCUUCAUUACGCUACCCCAAGAACUGGUGGAGCCCAUCUACAAGGAAGUCGGCGGAGGCUACUUGUCAGACAUCGGCUUUGCCUAUAUUCCCUGCGACAUGUACGAUGCCGAUUACAACGUGAGCUUCAGCUUCUCGGGUGCAACGGUCACUGUGCCUAUCAGCGAUCUGAUCUUCGAUGAUUACACCGAGACCGGCUUCCCGGAUGACACUUGCAUCUUCGGGCUUACCUACAGCUCACCGGGAGUGAAUCUGAUGGGCGACUCGUUCAUGCGUGGUGCCUACAUUGUAUAUGAUCUUGGCAAUAACGAGAUUUCACUCGCCAACACCAACUACGACGGAGGUGAUGAUGAUAUUCUUGAGAUCGGUACGGGAACCACUGCUGUCCCCGGCGCAACUCUUAUGCCAUCUCCAGUCACCUCGGCGACGGGCAAUGGAGUUGCUGCAACCGACGCGGCUAAUGCUUCGGGCUCGGGCUCAUCGGGAUCCGAUUCGACCACCACUGAUGCCACUAGUACUGCGACUGGUACAGCCAGCAGUGGUGGUGCUUCCAGCACCUCUUCCAAGGGAAUGGCAGCAUUGCCCACUAGCAUGCCGAACCACCUUCUGUCUGGCGUCUUGGGCGCUGGUCUACUGCUUGCACUUUAA